GUUCAGGAAAUGACCUGCAGCUCAGCAAGUGGAGUCAAAGUAAGUGUUUUGUUCUUCCAGACUCUCAAUAGCAGUUUUCCCCUCUGUGUUUUAUUCCCAAUCACUGAUUGGAAUAGGGAGAGUGGAUUCCCAGAAUGUUGCUGAUCCUUCUCUCCAUCUCCCUGUGUUUUUCCCGGGUCUCUCCCGACACCCACUCACUGACUGUGAUCUACACGGCAGUCUCUGGCAUUAAGGAUUUUCCGGAGGUGACUAACAUUGCGAUAGUCAAUGGAGUUCAACUCAAUUAUCAUGACACUAAUAUUGGUCGGAUGGUCCCCAGGCAGCAGUUCAUGGUGGACUAUUUUGAUGCAGAGUACUGGGAAUAUCUCACAGGUCUCGGGAAUACACGAUCAGACAUGGCAAAGGAGAAUCUGAAUACAAUGAUGAAAAGUACAAACCGGACAUCUGGAAUUCAUGUGUUUCAAUGGAUAGCAAUUGCCGAGAUCACUGAUGACGGCUCUAUUAAGAGAUCGAUGCGAGUUGGAUUUGAUGGAGAGGAUUACCUCAGCUUAGAGCCAGAUAGAAUGAGAUGGAUUGCAACCAAUCACAAUGCAGUAAAGACUAAAGAGAAAUGGAAUGCUGAUGAAUCCUGGAACAAAUAUUGGGAAACACAUCUCAAGCAAGGAUUUGUUCAGAAUUUAAAGAGAUAUUUGCAAGCUGGAAAGCAGUAUUUUGGAAGGAAAGUUCAGCCUGAAGUGUUCAUCUCCAGGAGGGAGCCCAAUGGUCAGGACAAGCCGCUCACUCUCUCCUGCCUGGUCACUGGGUUUUAUCCUGUAGACAUCGAGGUGACCUGGCUAAGGAAUGGAGAGGUCAUGUCUGGGACCCAAUCCUCAGGGGUACGACCGAACCACGAUGGGACCCAUCAGAUCCAGAAAGAGAUUGAGAUCAAUGCUGGGAAUGAGGAUCAAUACUCCUGUCAAAUUGAACACAGCAGCCUGGCAGAGGCCCAGCUCUAUCAGUGGGAUCGUUUAUGUAUAUCACAAACAACAGUGACCCCAGCACUGACCCCUGUGGAACACCACCGGUCACCUUUCUCCAUUUGGAGCAACUCCAGUCUUCCAGUCUCUCGGAAGACUUCGCGACGGCUGGUGGAAGUCCUGAAAAACAGUGCAGGAUAUGCUCAUCUUGAAAUUGUGAUUGGAUUAGUCUCUGCAAUGGCUGCAAUAUUCGGAAUAAUCAUCUGGAAAAAACCCUGGAAAGGUUCACCAGGUGGGACCUACACAACAGCUCCCACUUCUGAUAUCUCUGUUCCAGCUCCUUCAUGAUUUGAUUGAACGGUGGAUCCUGGAUCUGCAGGUUUGGAUCCCGAUCCUUCAAAUGAGACCUUCUCAAGUCGUGUUUCCAUCCCGUCUCAGAAAUGUGAGCAGUGUCACCGUCAGAGAGAUCUUCACGGAUGGUUCCUCCCUCACACUUUCUGAUCCUCACUGUCUUCAGUGGGUCAGUGAUUGACCUGAAACGUAGCAAUGUCCUGAACUCCCUCUGAGCGAGUGUUGUACUGUAGGACGUGAAUCAUUUCUGCACUUUAUGCAACAAAAUUUUAACUUUUAUGUUAAAGUCUCUAUGAAUUUUGUAACUGUCUGAUUGUUAGAUUGAUAUCUCUCUCUCACUAUUUAAUUUCUACUUUUCUAUUUUUAUUCUCAUCUGUUUUAAGCCGAACUGAUCUGUUUUGCACUUUACGGAAACAGCGUGAUCAAAUGUGAA